CGAAAAUGAGACUAACAGCCCCUUCCUUGAAUGUGCUGAGUCAUCUUGCAUCUGUGAACGUUAGAAGCUGCCUCAGCUGAAUACAUUUCAUCUUGGCAAGUUCUAGACCUUUAGGAAAAGCAGAGCAAUUUACAAAGGAAACCGUUAUGGAGAGCAGUGGGCCAAAGGUUUUGGAGACAGCGGAAGAAAUCCAGCAGAGGCGUCAGGAAGUGCUGAAUCGCUACCAGAGGUUCAAACAACGGGUUGUGGAGCGGGGUCAGAAGCUCGAGGAAUCCUAUCACUACCAGGUUUUCAGGCGAGAUGUAGAUGACCUGGAAAAGUGGAUCUUGGAGAAGAUCAAGAUCACAGAGGAUAAAAACUAUAAAGAAACACCUACGACCAUAAAGGAACCUACAUACCCCAAGGGAGAACUACAAGCAGAAUCAGAAGUCAUUCCUGAAAUGGAAGAGUACAAAAACUCCCUUGUUGCUGAAUCUCAAUUAGUCUAUCAGGAUAUCAAGGGAAAACAUCUGAAGCAUGAAGCCUUUGCCGGAGAGGUACAAGCAAAAUCCAAAGCCCUUCCUGAACUGGAAGAAACCAGGGAAACCCGAUUCACUGAGGAUCAUUUUGCUCAUGAAGAUACCAAGACCCAUCUGGAGGAACUACGCCGCCUGUGGGAUCUCCUGCUGGAGCUGACCAAAGAGAAGAGUGACUGGUUACUGCAGGCCCUGAAAUUCUAUCAGUACUUCCUGGAGUGUGGUGACAUCUUGGAAUGGAUCAAGGAGAAGAAAUCUAUAGUGACAUCUACAGAGCUGGGUGAGGCCUGGGAGCGCACAGAAUUUUUGCAUAAGAAGUUUGAAGAGUUCCAGGAGGAGCUGUCUGCUCGAAAGAGGAGAGUGGACGAAGUGAACAGAUAUGCCAAUGAGUGUGCUGAGGAGAAGCAUCCUGACCUGCUCGUAAUAAAGUUAGAGCAGGAUGAGGUGAAUGCUGCCUGGGAGGAUCUCUGUAAUCUGGCUUUCCAGAGAAGGGAAACUUUGUCCAGUGCUGCAGACCUUCAGCGAUUCAAAAGGGACGUGACGGAAGCCAUCCAGUGGAUCAAAGAGAAGGAGCCUGUUCUCACCUCCGAGGACUAUGGCAAAGAUCUUGUUACUUCUGAGGCCCUGUUUCACAGUCACAAGGGACUGGAGAGAAACCUUGCCGUCAUGGAGGACAAGGUAAAAGAGCUAUGUGCCAAAGCAGACAAGUUGAUGAUCUCCCAUCCUUCGGAUGAAUCUCAGAUCAAGCAAAUGAAAGAAGAUCUGGUCUCCCACUGGGAUCAUAUUCGUGCCUUGGCUACUACCAGAUAUGCAAAGCUGCAGGCUUCUUAUGGCUACCAUCGAUUCUUAUCGGACUAUGAUGAGCUCUCAGGCUGGAUGGAUGAAAAGACUGCUCUGAUCAAUGCUGAUGAGUUGCCAACGGAUGUAGCUGGUGGGGAAGCCCUGCUAGACAGACACCAGCAGCAUAAGCAUGAGAUUGACUCUUAUGAUGACCGAUUUCAAUCUGCGGAUGAGACUGGUCGAGAACUACUGGAGGGAAAGCACGAAGCCUCUGAUGAAAUUCGGGAAAAGAUGACAACACUUGCCAAUGCCUGGGCUGCCCUGCUGGAACUGUGGGACAAGCGUCAGCAUCAGUACCAGCAGUGCUUGGACUUUCACCUCUUCUACCGAGACAGUGAGCAAGUGGACAGUUGGAUGAGCAGACAGGAGGCCUUUCUGGAAAAUGAGGACUUGGGAAACUCAGUGGGGAGUGUAGAAGCCCUGCUUCAGAAGCAUGAUGACUUUGAGGAAGCCUUUACUGCCCAGGAAGAGAAGAUCAUAACUUUGGAUGAGACUGCCACCAGACUGAUUGACAAUGACCAUUAUGAUUCAGAGAACAUUGCUGCUAUCCGCGACGGGCUCUUGGCCCGGCGGGAUGCGCUACGUGAAAGGGCUGCGGUUAGACGGAAACUACUGUCAGAUUCCCUGCUUUUGCAGCGUCUGUAUCAGGACUCAGACUACCUAAAGAACUGGAUCAACAAGAAGAAAAAGCUGGCAGAUGAUGAAGAUUACAAGGAUACACAGAAUUUGAAAAGUCGUGUUCAAAAGCAGCAAGACUUUGAAAAGGAAGUGGAAACCAAUGAAAUCAUGCUCAACAGCCUUGAAAAAAUGGGCCAGGAGAUGGUGGAUGACGGUCACUACGCUUCAGAGGAUGUGACAGCCCGAGUCGGUGAGAUUGUCGGCCUCUGGAAGGAGUUGCUCGAGGCAACAGCACAAAAAGGGACUCAGUUGCAUGAAGCGAAUCAGCAACUGCUGUUUGAAAAUACUGCAGAAGACCUGAAGCGCUGGCUGGAUGAGGUGGAGGGUCAGGUCACCUCCGAGGACUACGGGAAAGGCCUGGCUGAUGUGCAGAAUCUACUCAGGAAACACGGCCUCUUGGAGUCGGCUGUGAUCGCCCGCCAGGAUCAAGUGGAAACGCUCACAGACAUGGCUGCACAUUUUGAAGAAAUAAGCCAUCCUGAUUCUGAGGACAUGAGGUCAAAGCAGGAGUCCUGGGUGUCCCGGUUCGAAGCCCUAAAAGAGCCACUGGCUACCCGAAAGAAGAAACUCAUUGAUCUACUCCAUCUGCAGCAGAUCUGCAGAGACUCAGAAGAUGAGGAGGCCUGGAUACAAGAGACUGAGCCCUCAGCAGCUUCCACCCGCCUUGGCAAGGACUUGGUUGUAGCCAAGAAUCUUCUGAACAGGCACCAAGUCAUCCUGGCCGACAUCGCCAGCCAUGAGCCAAACAUCAGAGUGAUCACAGAGAGGGGAAACACGAUGGUAGGGGAAGGACACUUUGCUGCAGAAGAUAUAGCCUCGCGGGUUGAUAGUUUGAACAAGAACAUGGAAUCCCUCUGUGCAAGAGCUAAGAGGCGGCAAGAUGAUCUUGAGGCUAAUGUCCAUUUACAGCAAUACCUGGCCGACCUGCACGAAGCAGAAGCAUGGAUUAAAGAGAAGGAGCCAACUGUGGACAACUUGAACUAUGGGGCUGAUGAAGAAGCAGCCGGGGCUCUUCUCAAGAAGCAUGAGGCCUUCCUGAUGGACCUCAAUGCAUUUGGAAACAGUAUGAAAGCACUACAGGAUCAAGCAGAAGCCUGCCAACAACAACAGGCUGCACCAGUGGGGGACACUGUUCAAGAAGCAAGAGUAGUGGCUUUAUUCGACUUCCAGGCCCGUAGCCCGCGAGAAGUCACCAUGAAGAAGAACGAUGUCUUAACUCUGCUUAGUUCCAUCAACAAGGACUGGUGGAAGGUUGAAGCUGAUGAUCACCAAGGCUUUGUCCCAGCAAACCAUGUCAAGAAACUGGCCCCAGAUGAGCUCCCGAUGCUCCCACAGAGGAGACGGGAAGAGCCAGUCAACAUUGCCCAGCGCCAGGAGCAGAUUGAACACCUGUACCGCUCCCUCCUCGAUCGGGCAGAAGAGAGGCGACGUCAUCUACUACAACGUUACAAUGAGUUCCGGCUGGCUUAUGAGGCAGGAGAUAUGCUAGAGUGGAUCCAAGAAAAAAAGGCAGAAAACACUGGAAUUCAGCUAGAUGAUGUCUGGGAGCUGCAGAAAAAGUGUGAUGAGUUCCAAAGGGAUUUGAAGACCAAUGAGCCUCGGCUAAGGGAAAUCAACAAGGUAGCUGAUGAACUGCUAUUUGAGAAACUUCUAACACCAGAAGGUGCUCACAUCCGGCAGGAAUUGAAUACCCGCUGGGAUUCCUUGCAGAGGCUUGCAGAUGAACAGCAGCAGCUGCUAAGCAGUGCCCACGCUGUCCAGGUAUUCCAUAGAGAAGCAGAUGACACAAAAGAGCAGAUUGAGAAGAAAUGCCAGGCCCUCAGAGUUGCUGAUCCGGGGUCAGACCUGCUCAGUGUUCAGGCCCUUCAGCGCCAGCAUGAGAUCUUUGAGAGAGACCUCAUCCCUCUGGAGGAGAAGGUGACUAUGUUGGGGGAGACAGCAGAGCGGCUCAGUGAGUCCCACCCAGAUGCAACUGAGGACCUGCAGAGACAGCGAACAGAGCUAAACAAAGCCUGGGAUGACUUGAAGGAGCUUACAAAGGAUCGCAAGGAGAGCCUGAGUGAGGCCCACAAAUUCUACCAGUUUCUCAGCAAGGCCAGCGACCUAGAGAAUUGGAUGAAAGUCAUUGGUGGUAUAGUGUCAUCACAGGAACUGGGCAGUGAUUUAACUGGCACAGAGAUCUUGCUAGAGCGACACCAGGAGCAUCAUAGUGAAAUGGAGGCCGAGACCCCCACCUUCCAGGCCUUAGGAGAGUUUGGCAGAGAACUUAUUGACAGUGGGCACAGGAAAAGCCCUGAAAUUGAGAAAAAGCUUCAAGCUGUCCAACAAAGCAGAGAUAAUCUGGAGAAGGCUUGGGAAGACCGCAAAAAGAUGCUAGAGCAAUGCCUGGAAUUGCAGUUCUUCCAAGGAGACUGUGAACAGGUUGAGAGCUGGAUGGUGGCACGUGAGAAUUCCCUGAGGUCAGAGGACAAGGAUUCCUUAAAGAGUCUCGAGGCCUUGGUGAAGAAACGAGAUGAUUUGAAAACAGCAAUCUCUGCCCAGGAACAAAAGAUCAACAACCUAGAACAAUUUGCUGAUCGGCUUAUCGCUGAUGACCACUAUGCCAAGCGAGAGAUUGCUGCUCGUCUCCAGAAAGUACUAGACAGAUGGAAUGCUCUUAAGGAACUGCUGAAUGCUGAGUGGGAAAACCUUGGGAAUAUGGCUGACCUGAAACAAUUCUACCAUGACCUUGAGGAGCUGAAAGAAUGGAUCGAAGAGAUGCUACCUAUAGCCUGCGAUGAAUCCUACAAAGACACCACCAACAUACAGAGGAAGUAUCUGAAACACAAGGCAUUUGACAAUGAAGUCAGUGGUCGAAAACAGGAUGUAGAAGGAGUCAUGGAACUGGGCAAGUCCCUGAUUGAGCGAAAGGCAUGUGAUGGCAAUGAAGAGACUGUAGAGAAUCAGCUGCAAGACCUAAAGGAACGCUGGGAAUACCUCUAUGAGAGAACAACUGAUAAAGGGAAGAAGCUUGACGAGGCGAGUCGCCAGCAGAGGUUCACAACCAGCAUCCGGGACUUUGAGUUCUGGCUCUCAGAGGCAGAGACAUUGUUGGCUAUGAAAGAUCAGGCCAAGGACUUGGCUUCAGCAGGAAACCUGCUCAAGAAGCACCAGCUACUGGAAACAGAGAUGUUGACUCGAACGGAUGCACUCGAGGACCUGAAUAAUUUGGCUCAGGAUCUGGUCUCCAGUGGGACUUUCAACAUUGACCAGAUAGAAGAGAAAAAGAAGAGCAUCAAUGAACGCUUUGAGAGUGUCCAAGAUUUGGCAGCUGCACACCACGAGAAACUGAAAGUGGACUAUGCCUUGUUCCAGUUCUUCCAGGACCUAGAUGAUGAGGAAUCAUGGAUAGAGGAGAAGUUGUUACGAGUGAGCUCCCAGGAUUAUGGCAAAGACCUGCAGAGUGUUCAGAACUUAAUGAAAAAGCACAAACGCCUAGCGGGGGAGCUGGUGGCCCAUGAAUCUGCUGUCCAGAACGUUCUGGAUAUGGCAGCAAGCUUGAAAGACAAGGCUGCUGUAGGACAAGAGGAGAUCCAGGAGAGAAUGGCUCGGUUUGUUGAACACUGGGAGAAGCUCAAAGAGUUGGCCAAUGCUCGAGGCCUUCGCCUGGAAGAGUCUCUGCAGUACCUGCAGUUCAUGGAGAAUGCAGAGGAAGAAGAAGUGUGGAUCGGGGAGAAGGAAGCUAUGGUUGCUCGAGGGGAUUCUGGAGACACACUGACUGCUACUCAGAACCUGCUAAAGAAGCAUGAAACUUUGGCUAGUGACUUCGCUGUUCAUAAGACCCGAGUGCAAAAUGUGUGUGCACAAGGAGAAGACAUCCUGAAUGAGGAGGAAAGUAAGAACAAGGAGAAGAUUUCUGCUAAGAUUGAAGCUCUGAAGGAAAGGACUUCUUCCCUUGACAAGGCACUGGCCUCCUGGAAGUUGCAGUUGGAAGAUGAUCUUGCCUUUCAGCAGUUCACCUGGAAGGCUGAUGUGGCAGGGUCCUGGAUAGGUGAGAAAGAAGCAAGCUUGAAAACCAAAGCCAAUGGUGCAGACCUCACUGCCUUUCUCACACUGUUGGCAAAACAGGAUGCACUGGACACCAGUCUUCAAGCCUUCCGGAAAGAACAGCUUUCUGAGAUCACUGACCUCAAAGAUCAGCUGGUGGCUGCUCAGCACAGCCAGGCCAACACCACAGAGGAGCGCCAUGCUGCCCUGCUGACGCACUGGGAGCAGUUGCUGGCAGCCGCUGCAGCCCACAGACAGAAGCUGCUGGAGAAGCAGCUGCCCCUACAGCAGGCCGAGGAGCUGUUCAUGGAGUUUGCACACAAGGCCUCAGCUUUCAACAACUGGUGUGAGAACGCCGAGGAAGACCUGUCAGAGCCUGUGCACUGUGUCUCCCUGAAUGAGAUUCGGCAGCUGCAGAAGGACCAUGAGGCCUUUGUGGCAUCCCUGGUUGGGCCUCAAGAACACUUCAGAUAUUUGAUAGAGCUUGACCAGAAGAUUAAGGCCUUACAUGUGCCUUCCAGCCCUUACACCUGGCUAACGGUGGAGGUGCUGGAAAGGAUCUGGAAACACUUGUCUGAGGUCAUCAAGGAAAGGGAGCAGGAGCUGCACAAAGAAGAGGAAAGACAGAUGAAGAACUUUGAGAUGUGCCAAGAGUUUGAACAGAAUGCCAGUGCCUUCCUUCAGUGGAUUCAGGAAACCAGGUCUUAUUUUCUGGAUGGAUCUUUGCUCAAAGAAACAGGAACCUUGGAAUCCCAACUGGAGGCAAACAAAAGGAAACAAAAGGAGAUCCAAGCAAUGAAACGUCAGCUAACCAAGAUUGAGGACCUGGGGGACAGCAUGGAGGAGGCUAUGAUCCUUGACAUAAAGUACAGCACCAUUGGACUGGCCCAGCAGUGGGACCAGCUCCAUCAGCUGGGCAUGCGAAUGCAGCACAGUCUCGAGCAGCAGAUCCAAGCCAAGGAUACCAUAGGUGUGAGUGAGGACACGUUGAAGGAGUUUAGCACCACCUAUAAGCACUUUGAUGAGAAUUUGACAGGGCGUUUAACUCACAAAGAAUUCCGGUCCUGCCUGAGAGGACUCAAUUACUACUUGCCCAUGGUAGAGGAAGAUGAACCUGAGCCCAAGUUUCAGAAGUUCUUGGAUGCUGUGGAUCCAGGGAGAAAGGGUUAUGUCUCACUGGAGGACUACACGUCAUUCCUGAUUGACAAGGAGUCGGAAAAUAUCAAGACCAGCGAUGACAUAGAGAGUGCUUUCCAGGCCCUGGCAGAGGGAAAAUCUUACAUUACGAAAGACGACCUCAAGCAGGCCCUCACCCCAGAACAAGUGUCAUUCUGUACCAUACAUAUGCAGCAAUAUGUGGACCCACGAGGUCGAAGCCAACCUGCUGGCUAUGAUUAUGUUGGCUUCACCAAUUCCUACUUUGGUAAUUGAUAAACAGAUCCUCCUGGAUCAUAGACAACUGACCUCCUGGGAAGUAUUUGGGGGAUAAAAGAGACAGGCAAGUGUGUGGUUGUAAAGACUGUUGUGUGUCCGUGUGUGUGUGUGGGUAUUACAGUUGUUUCAAGAUUAAAAAAAAAUCAAAUGUGGAGGGUAUAGGAGUUAAUCAAAUUGUAGGAAAUGAGGCCAUAGGCUUAUUUUGUAUGUAACU